AUGACAGACAUCAAUGUUGGCUACAACGCGACAGCAUAUCGCGCAACGAUGAAAGAUCCAGAGGAAAAUGUCUUCAUCCCAGAGGAGGAAACCGUUCGGUCAGACAAUGAGUCGGUUGGGAAGGAUCCAUUUUCAGCGCCGUUGAAGCGGCAACUUAAAUCACGGCAUCUGCAGAUGAUUGCGAUCGGAGGAAUAAUCGGCCCAGGGCUACUUGUCAGCUCAGGAAAUGCGUUGCACGAGGGUGGCCCCGCCGGAGCUCUCAUCAGUUUCUGCUUGGUGGGGAUCAUUGUAUUUUUUGUGAUGCAAUCAUUGGGCGAGAUGGCAACUUUGAUUCCGGUCACAGGUUCGUUCACAGAAUAUGCAGAACGAUUUAUCGAUGAUUCAAUUGCAUUCGCAUUAGGAUGGGCAUAUUGGUAUUUAUGGGUUACCGUUCUUGCAAAUGAAUACAAUUCAAUUUCGCUUGUCAUCGGAUAUUGGACAGAAGCAGUGCCACAAUGGGGUUGGAUUCUCAUUUUUUGGUUUCUCUUCCUUGGCUUAUCCAACCUGGGUAUCUUGGCAUAUGGAGAAAUGGAGUUUUGGCUCUCGCUUAUCAAGGUGUUGGCUCUGAUUGUUUUCUUUAUACUCGCCAUUUGCAUCAGUUCAGGAGGCAUUGGCCCACAGACAAUUGGGUUUAAAUAUUGGCAUGACCCAGGCGCAUUUGCGGACUCUAUUAACGGGGUUGCCAAGACCUUUGUGGUUGCUGGCACUCUUUAUGCCGGAACAGAGAUGGUUGGAAUUACCGCCGGUGAAUCAGAGAAUCCCCGCCAGGCAGUUCCACGGGCGAUUCAACAGGUAUUUUGGCGCAUCCUGAUCUUUUAUAUCGGUACCAUCUUCUUCAUCGGCAUCUUGAUACCAUAUAAUGACAAGCGAUUACUGGAUUCUUCUUCGAAAACCGCCAGCUCUCCAUUGACGAUUGCUUUGCAGGAUGCAGGCAUUCUGCCGGCAGCACACCUCAUCAACGCUUUGAUCGUCAUUAGCGUCAUCUCAGCAGGCAACAGCUCAUUAUACGUUGCAUCUCGUACGCUGCUCUUCAUGUCGCGCAAUGGAAAAGCGCCUCAAUUCAUUGGCCGUGCGAACCGCGCCGGCGUUCCAUGGGUCGGUCUGGUAUUCACCAACGUCUUCGCUUGCAUAGUUUUUCUGGGACAGUCUUCGAGCGCAGGGACGGUUUUCUCCGCUUUGAUUACGUUGUCUGGAGUGUCGACAUUCAUUGUUUGGGCCGUUAUUGGCAUCUGCCACAUUCGCUUUCGUCGCGCCCUGGUGGCACAGGGACAGGAUCCAUCAAUGCUGCCAUUCCAAGCGGCACUAUAUCCCUGGGGCACCUACUUGUCACUGGCGGCCAAUAUAUUCCUUGUUUUCUUUCAGGGAUACACGUGUUUCCUGAAUCCAUUCAGCGCCACUGACUUUGUCAUCAACUAUAUUCUCAUACCUGUAUUCGUCCUGUUUGUGGUUGCGUACAAGAUAUGGAACAAGACAAAAUGGGUUAAGCUGGAGGAGAUGGAUAUCUGGACUGGAAGAAGGGACUUUGCAGCGACCGACGAUUCGCAAACGAAAAGGCCCCAGCAGUGGUGGUCUCGCAUUAGCGACAUUUUCGUGGGAUAG